AUGGCUAGCAUUGAAUUAGAUAUAUGGAAAGGAGAGUGGGGACUUGCGUCUAUAGAUUUAGAAUGUCUUAAAGUUCUGACUUAUAUGAAGUUUAUCGGAUUACCAGUUAAAGUUCGAGAAUCAAACAAUCCAUUUUUCACGCCAAAAGGAGCCUUGCCAGUCAUGAAAGAUGGUAGAACUGUUCUUACAAAUUUUGAAGAAGUAGUCCAAUACCUUAAGUCUUUGCAUUAUAGCACAGAUGUCCAUUUAAAUUCAAAUCAGUCAGCUGAAGCUAGUGCAUUUACUCAAUAUUUAAGGGACAAGCUGUAUCCCGCAUAUCAAUUUACUUGGUGGGUUGAUGAAAAGAAUUAUGGAGACAUCACACGACCCGCAUACGCUAAAGCUUUAAAAUUACCAUUUAAUUUCUAUUACCCAUCAAAAUACCAAAAGGCAGCUAAAGAUAUGGUAGAUGCAUUGUAUGGCGAAAACACAGAUUUAAAGGAAAUUGAAAAAACUAUAUACAAUGAAGCAGAGAAGUGUCUUAAAACACUCUCAGAUAGACUCGGUGAGAGUGAAUAUUUCUUUGGGAACCGGCCAUCCUCCUUUGAUGCUAUAGUGUUUGCUUACCUCGCUCCCCUUGUAAAGACUCCCUUCCCCAAUGCGACUUUGUCUAAUCAUGUGAAGGGUAUAGCAAAUUUAAGUAGAUUUGUGGCUAGAAUCAGCCAGAAAAAUUUUAGAUCUGUCACAGAUGAGUACAAGAAGUCAUCGACCCGUGUGUCGGGUGUUCAGACCUCGGGCGAGGCUCAGUUCCCUAACGCUACUCGUAACAAGUUGUUGGCGGGAUUGUUCGCGACGCUCGCUAUGACGGGAUACGCUCUCGCUACGGGAAUGUUCCAGAAAUUAUCAUUGUGGAGCUGGCAACACACGCUGCUAGUCAACAAAUUCCGUAUCGCUAAGAAACAUUUCGACAAGAUACAGAGGCUUAAGGCUCAGAAACAAGCUGAGCAGAAGACGACAUAG